AUGUUUUGAAUUACAGUCUGUUUACGGCAUGCACACAGCAAUGUCGUGAUAUAUAAUUAUAUAUAUUUAUAAUAUAUAACAACUGUGCUUUAAUAUAGUUUUUAUUGUUAUUUAUGUGUACACAGGUUUUUAUGUGAAUGUAAAUACUAAGACAUGUAUCUGCGUACGUUGACGUUAUUACUCUGUGCUAUGCCGUUGACUGUUACGAACGUCGCUGCAGAGGAGUCGCACUUAGACAGAUAUCUACUGGAGUUUGAACAAAGUGCAAUAAACAGACAUAAAAGGGCAACAUGUCGAAAUGAUCAAUGGCAAUGUCGCGACGGCACGUGCAUCGGCUUCGACGGCAAGUGUGACGGCGUCGUCGACUGUCCGGACGGCAGCGACGAGACGCACCCGCUCUGUAGAAGCAGCCGAUGUCAGAGCAACUGGUUCCGGUGCACGUACGGCGCAUGCGUGGACGGGACUGCGCCGUGCAAUGGCGUGCAAGACUGCGCGGACAACUCGGACGAGCUGCAUCCGCUCUGCAGGAACGAAAGCCGACCAGUCAAUUUCUUCAAAUGCCUCAAUGGGGAACACGUCUCUCUUGGAGAUCAAUGCGACGGUGUUCGCCACUGCUCGGACGGGUCUGAUGAGACAGUGCAAUCAUGCGCUGCCCAAACCUGCCCCCCGUACCUGUUCCAGUGUGCGUAUGGUGCCUGCGCCGACCGCGGUGCCGACUGUAAUGGGGUACAGGAAUGCGCGGACGGUUCAGACGAAUCCGAAGAACUGUGCAACAGAAUUGUGGCCAAUACUGAUACCAAUGCAGAUGAUAACAGCAGCAAAGAAGACAAGGAGAAGAAUAUCUCUCAACCAGGCGUUUGCAUCUUACCCCCGUACCCAGCUAAUGGAAGAUACACAGUUAUGAACGCUCCCACCGGCUCCCCAGGACAAUCUUCAGACUUGUACCUCCUAAAUGUAACCUGCCACGAAGGGUACGGAUUGCUUGGAGAUAGCAAUGUAUACUGCUACCUGGGGUAUUGGACUCCUGAACAGUUACCAACUUGUCGCCGCUACUGCCGCCUGCCGCCGGAGCCAACCAUCGAGUACUGGUGCGUAGUGGCGAACGGUGCUGUGGAAGGUCGCCGGGCCUGCGCCGAGCGCGAACCGCACGGUACCGUGGUGAGGACGCAGUGCAAGGAUGGUCACUAUGGACAACCACCCACCAUCACGUGUUCAGAUGGAGCCUGGGACCACCACGCGCGAUGCUCACCAGCUCCUCAGAAUGGCACCAACAUUACCAUAUUAGUUAAGGAUAAAAUUGAAGUCCAUAUAAGUAACAUCCAGUAUUCUUCAAGUGUGACCGAGCAGAAUGAGGUAGAUGAUGAUUAUGGUAUUGAUGAAGGUAAUUGGAGAAUCGGUGAAGCUGAUGUUAAACCUGAAAAUGGUGAUAUAACUUUAAAAAUCAAUAAUAGUACGUUAAUUAUAGAUAAUGACAAUAAUGUACACUUUAAACAAUGAGUUUGAUGGUAGGUGACGUUUGUGACUUUGAAAGGACGUCACUUUUAAGGUCGCGACCGUAAAAUGGUCAUAAAUGACAACUUUGUGAUAAGUUAUAUAACACAGUGUAUCGAUUUAUUAAAUUAUUUCUUUACGUUA